AACUUCAUUUCCUUUUUACAGAUAAGCUGAAUGUGUAAUGUCCAUAUAACCUUAAAAACUUGCUAUCAAACAGCUCUUAACAAGCCAAAAGCCAUGUCUGAUGGUCCAGGGGUUUUUGAGGUGGAGGAAGAUGAUGAGUGUUGGGCUCGGCUCGAGGACUACCGAAUGCUUCUCAUCAAGACCAUUGAGCCCUCAAGGAUAACACCUUAUCUGAGACAGUGUAAGGUGCUGAGCAGCGAGGAUGAGGAGCAGAUCUACAAUGAUCCAAGUCUGGUUAUCAGACGCCGCAAAGUUGGGGUACUGCUGGACAUAUUACAAAGAACUGGGCUCAAAGGAUAUGAGGCUUUUCUAGAGAGCUUGGAGUUAGACUACCCAGAUGUGUACCGCAAAAUCACCGGCAAAGAGCCUGCUAGGGUGUUCUCUGUACUUAUUGACACUGCUGGUGAAUGCGGCCUCACUCAGUUCCUCAUGAGCGAGGUGUCUCGUCUGCAGAAGCUGGCGCAGGAUGAGCGGAGGGCCCGACUGGAAGCAUCUGCACAAGUAAAGGAGCAGCACGAAACCAUCCGCCAGCUGCAGCUGUGUGAAAAUGAGCUGCACAAACAGCAGGAGCGUGUGCACCGCAUCAGAGAAGAGCGUGAGCGCAUGUGUGAGGAGGCUCGGACACUGAAAGAUGAGAAUUACCGACUGAUGCAUGAUCUGACCCGACUGAGUGAAGAGAAGAACUGCGCACUCAUGUGUAAUAGAGACCUCCAGCUCGAGAUCGAGAAAUUAAAACACUGCUUAAUGAAUGCCGAAAGUGAUUCAAAGAUCCAACGGAAAAAGACUGUAAACUUGAAAAAUGCCAUGGAGCAAAGGCCGAGUCCAGAGAUGAUCUGGAAGAUGCAGAGACAAACCGACCUUCUUAAAGCUCGCAUACAAGAGCUCGAAAGCACCUCCAAGGUUCAAACUCCUGAGCAGGAAAAGCCUGAUUCACAGACUUUAGAAGAUUUCAAGCAACAAAGUCAGGCACAAUACCAAGAGUUGGUGAAUGAUCUCUACAAUCUAAGGAGAGAUCUUCAUGAUGCAGAAAAGCUGCGUGAUAAGUAUCGAGAAGAGAAGGAUGAGUUGGAACUUAAGUGCUUAAUGCUGAAGAAGGACUCUAAGAUGUAUGGAGACCGAAUGGAAGACAUUUUGAAACAGCUGGAAGAGGUGAUCAAAGAAAGAGACAAGGCUAUUUGUACAAGAGAGGAGUACCAUUUGGAAAACUCAAAAAACCUCCAAGACAAAGACCAGUACCGCAAACAGAUUCGGGAAAUGGGCGAACGCUAUGAUGAACUUCAAGUCCAGUUGUUUCGAACUCAAGGAGAAGUUCUUGCUCUUCAAGCUACACUUCGCAAACAGAAGAGCCCUAUUCGAGUGAACUCAGGAGAGAGCUCCUUGCUGAGUUCAUUUGAGUCAUCAACAGGGUUACUUGCAUUUUAUCCACAGCUGAAAAGUAGCGAGGAGGAGUCCAGGGAAAGGGGUGAAAAGGACAUGAGUGAAGAGUCACAGAGCCAGACAUCCGGCGAGUUCAAUUCAUGCCUGUUUUCUGAGAGGAGGGUUUCUGGAGAGGACAUCUCAGAUAACUGCAAAAAUAAUAGAAAGUGGAACUUCCAUUACAGGAGCUAUUCUCCUAAUGUGGUCUUGGACAGGAAACGUGCUUUAAGAACCAAAAGAAUCACAGACAAAGACAAUAUGCAAGGCCUCCUAGACAACACUACCGGGAGUGAUACAGAUGGGAUGUGACAUACAGCUUUGGACAAGCAGAAGAAAUGUGGCCUUCUCUGAAAACAUUUAUUUAAUGACAAUCAAUCAUCAUUGUGCUGUAUUUGUCGUGUGUUAGUUUAAAAUGUUAAUAUCAGUGGUAUUCUAUGAUGGUUCGAAUCUGAUAACAUUGCUUCCAAAUUUCAAGCAACAUUUUGGGUUAUUACACCAAAUAUCACUUUCUUAACUGUUCCGAAGUGUAUUGUGUUGUCGAAAAAUGAAUAAACACAUCAAAA